UCCGCCAGGUCAAACAAACCUCUCACCUUCGCCCCGCACCACCACCACCAUCACCGCCGCUCAUCUCGCCGCGCAGCCCCGUGAUCUCUCUCUCGACAGCCUUAGCGACCAUUAUCGUAUUCGUAAUCGCCAUCCGCCAUCCCGAGAUCAUAUCGACAAGUCAAUAUGGUGCUCGCUCAUCUUCGCGCGGCCGCGGGUGCGAUUCGUCAAAACGGUCUGCUUGGAGCGCUGAAGCAGGCUUAUCAUGAGGGAUACGCCAUGGCUCUCCUAGACGGCAACCUCUUCGAAACGAAGCGCCGAGCCUUGGGGUCCCGCCUUGUGGGUAUGGAUUCCCACGGCAACAAGUACUACGAGCGCAUGGAUGCACAAGCAGGUCGGCAUCGAUGGGUGGAGUACAAGGAGUCAUGGGGCUACAACGCAUCCACUGUGCCUCCUGAGUGGCAUGGCUGGCUGCACCACAUCACAGAUGACCUACCUGAUAAGAUUCUUGCUUUCAAGCCGCGCUACAGUAUGGAGCACCGGGCCAAUCUUACAGGGCAUGGAGAUGCCUUCAUUUACCAUGCCAAGGGCCACGCCCUGAACCCCAACCAGCGUGAUUGGUCGCGUGUCCAGACCUGGCUUCCCGGCUCCCCUGAUGAGACCAACAAUCCUGCUGCACCAUCAGCCCCUUCAUCCGCUAAGGCAUCAGACACACCUUCCAAGUCAGGGUAGGACUGCAGGAAAAGCAUUGUGGGUGUGCCUGAUGUUUCUUACUGAGUACAUGUAACCUUUGCUAUGGGAAGCUGGCUAGGUCCUUGAUUUCUGCUAUGUUUGUCUACGCUCCUGAUUGCUUCCAUGCCAAGGUGCUCAAAUAGUAGACCUGCCUGGGGACCCUCCCAA